GGACUAACAGCGACGAGAAAAUGGCGAAUGUGGAAGCGUUUAGGUAACAGUGUUAUAUGGAAACUUUAAGCAGUCUGAAAGCUUUUAUUCCGGAGCAAAGUUAUUGUAAACAUCAGCGAGCGCUAAACCACUGUCACACUAGCCGAAGCUAAUUUGUCAUUACGUUAAUUUGAGUCUUGGUAGCUACGAUAGCUAGCUGGCGGGCUAGCGAGGAAACAUGAAGUGUCCUUAUGUUGGCAGCUAUAAAUGGCGUCCCUGCUCCCAUAACGUCACACAAUGAACAACCCUUAGGAGCAAAUUUGUUAAAUAGUGACUGACCUGUUUUCAUGGCUUAUCGUUGAGUUAAGGGCUCCGGAGCCACUCACUGUCUUUGAUGAUACUGCUGUUGACGGUAUGGCUUUACACAACUUGGUUUUUGUUAUCGAUGUGGAUUAUGGAGAUCACGAUUCAGGCGAUCAGGUGGGUGCCCGGAAUAAUCUAACGUUAGUGAAACGAGGAAUAUUACAAAUUCUUCUGCAUUUUAGCUGCAAGUAUGGAUUUGACAAAGUGCGCUGGGGUUAUAAAUUCUUUCAAUCUAAGACUGGUCGUAAUGCCAGCCUCAUAUCAAGGGGAUCAGACUUCAAGGAGCUUCGCCACAAACUUUUUGAGGACUUCGAAAUGGAGUUUGAAGCCAAGUUUGACGUGAAGGAUAAACCGUGCCCUCCUCAGCUGAAGCAGCAAUCCAGUCAAUCUGCUUCACUUCAAAACGCACUCAAAGAAACCCUGCUGGACUUCCAGUGGGACAGACCAGACAUCACCUCUCCCACUAAACUGUCCCUGAGGCCCAGGAAGUCGAGCCGAGCUGGAAAGCCCAGUGUUUCACAGGAGGAUGAUAUUUCAAACAACGGGAGGAAUGUGGUGUUUAUUGUCUCGAAGUGCCCGCGUACCAGGACACAACUUGUGGACUAUCUUUCUUUGGGAAGUCAUGACCUGACAACAGAUGUGGCAGAUCACAUUAUGUCCAGGGGUCUUCACGACAUGCUGGUUCAGCGACAGGUUGUAGUGCACUGGAUCGACAGUAGAUCACAUGUCCAGGUCAUGAGGUGUGAGGAUCACCUCGGCUUUGAUAAGCUGUCCGAGGUCCUAGCUCAGGUUGGUGGCAGAGUGAUCCCCGUGGUUGUACUGCUGAACCUCUGCUGCACUCAAAAGACAGACUCAGGCUUCAUGGGAGAGGCCUUUCCAUUCAGGUCCAGUAUUGGAUACCUGCUGUCUUCUGAAAGGCUCUAUCGCCUUGCUUUUCCUGUCAUAGGAGGUGUUCUGCGGUGGGAGCAAGGUGAUGUGACGCAGAGCUGUGGCAUCAUGAUUGAGCCUGUGUCUCGCAGACAGAGGCUUCUCCCAGAGUCGGUGGAAGUGUGUCUGAAAGGAGUGCUGCAGGGUUGGCAUGCCUCUUCACUGACACAGACCUCCACAGAGUCAUGGGUGCUUCAGUGCUCCAGCAGCACUGACCAGGAAGCUGCUGCCUUCCAGCAUCUCCUGAUGGAACUGUCCUCUCAUGCUCUGCAUAUGCUUUCUGAGGUGAAUGACAGUGGCCUGGUGUACACGGCUGUCCUCUCCGCCUUAUCACACUCUACAGCUCUGCUCACCAUUCUCCAGUCUGGAAUAACUCAGCAUGACCAGUUUCUGACUAUGGAAACCAUUGCCCCUGCCACAGCAGAAAGCUCAGCUGAACUGCCAGAUGUUGUGAGCAGUGUUCUGGGAGUAGUUUAUGACAUCAUGGAGGAGGAUGGUGACAGUGUUGAUGUCCAGUCAAAUGAUCAUCAAGUUCCUGAGUGGGCUCAGCAGGAGGUCAGCCAUUGCCUGCUGACAACAGGUGUGUUGGAAAGUUGGUUCCCUCAGUCAGACCAGGCAGGAGUGAGCCCCCAUUUAAUGGAGUCAAUGAGGUUGCUGCAUGCAGUGCCAGAGCAGAGAGAAGAGGAGGAGUUGUCUGCCCUACAGCAGGAACUGAUUGGUGGUCUGGCUGAAUUGUAUGAAACAUCCCGGGGCGCAGAUGCCAAGAGGGGAAAGAAAUGUGGCGCCCAUCGCACACCAGUGAAACAGAAAAUGAAGACCAUGAGCCGCUCCCUGCAGAUGCUGAAUGUGGCCCGGCUGAAUGUGAAAGCCCAAAAGAACCAGGUCGAGGCUGAGCAACUGGGGGCCGAGGGCAGGGGCCCAGACAGACCAGGGAAGAGACGGUCAAGUGACAGGAACAAAUCUGCUGGAGCAAACACUAUCAGUUUCACUAGUGAGGCAGAGCUGCUGUCCCAUCUGAAGUCCAGUUAUGAGAAGACUGUGGCAGAGAGAGACUCGUCCCUCCUCACUGGUGUCCAGCAGCUCCUGUCUGCUGUGAAAACCUUCCUCGUGGCAGAAUCAGACAUGGAGGUAAAGACCUUUCUGUUGGUCCAGCAGCACCUCUUCAAGACAAGUAAAUCAAUCAGGCAGCUCUAUGGCACAGCUGCUGAUGUUAAUGACAAAGUCAGAGAGUGCCAGCUUCAGGCAUUUCUGAGGCUGGAGCUGUGCAGACUUUUCUCUUCGAAGCAGUCUGACUCUCUGGAUGUUGAUCAGAUGGCAGAGGAGGUGGCUGAAAUGCUCCGGAUAAUCUCACUUACAAAAGACCCAGUUUGCCUAGCAAGGUUCCUUCAAGAUGAGAUCCUCCCACGGUUCCUGACCUCCAUCCCCAGAGUGCUUGCAGACAUCUACCACAGUCUGGGCACCCAACUCCCCGACGCAUUGGUGGCUGUUCUACCUGCUGACUUCUUCAGCGACGAGUCAGUUGCCAAGGACAGUGUUUCUCCUUCAGCAUCCUCACCUCCCCUCUCCACACACAGCCUGGUUUCGGAUGGCAAAGAUUGCCUGCAGGACCUGCGAAAUCGCUCAGCCAAAAAGAGGAGGACCGGUAUGCUGACUCGUCAUCGCAGUAUGACUGAAUCAUCACAGAGUCUUCGCCAAAUAGAAAUGCCCAAAAAGACGAAAAGAGCUUCCAAAUCAAAGGUCUGUGUUGCUUUGGAGAAACUUGCUGCAGAACCACCACCUCAGAAACAAGAAACACAAGAGGUGACGAAGGUAAGAAGAAAUCUGUUCAACCAAGAGAUUGUUUCCCCUUCAAAGAAAGCCAAGCUUCCGAGGAGCAAGUCUGUGUCUGCUGUGGAAGGAUUAAAACGCAAGCGAUGCAGUGAAUCUGAAGAGAAGCACAAACUUCUAACAAAGAAAGUGUGUGAAACGCCCCUCCAUAAGCAAGUGUCCAGUCGCCUCCUAUACCAGCAGAAAAUGGGACGGAGGUCUGUCCCAUCUGAGGAGUGCAUUGUGGAAGAGUCACCAGUAAAACCUGCAGAAGACUUAAGAAGGAGCCCAAGGAUAAAGAAGUUUGCUAGAAGACACUCAAACACCUUCUACUCUAGUUCUCAACCACGCUCCCGUAACCUGGAGAGGGCGCUCUCUGCAUCCCAGCUUACACUCAGCGAUGGCAAAAUCACUGGGCUUAAUGUAAAAACAGUUCGGUCUCCCAUGCGUCUUCUUUUUGGGGCUGCCGAUUCCCCCAGUCGUCCUUCUGACCAGUCUUCUGCAACCAGGGCCACCAGGUCACGGCUGUCCACAGACUCUACUGUCUUUGAGAGUCCAAAUAAAACGCCAACAAAGUCACCUGGCAAACGUGGGAGGGCCAACCAUGAGAUCAGGACACCCAAGACCCCUCGAACCCCAGCGAGCCCCAAAACCCCACCUCUUUCCAGCAAGCGUGUUUUCUCAGUUGCAGAGAGCCCUGUAGCAGGCAGCUCUUGUGAGCUUGGUAUGGCUCUUAGGGGCAGUCCUUUCAGAUCUCCAGCAAGAAAGAGUCUUGUAGUAGAGACGCCUACUAAGCGAAGCCCUGUGAUGAGCCCACUGAAGGGUAUUCUCAGGACUCCAGUCAAAGCCUUGCUUGACUGCCGCGCCUCUUCUGGAUUACAUUUGCGCAAUAGCCCAGUUUCCAGGACUCCCAAGAAGAGCGUCACGUGGUCUCCAUCCCCUCGAAAAUAUAGAGUGGCAGAAAACAGCACUACUUUCAAGGUGCCAGAGUCUCCUCGUAUUGCAUCCCGGACUUCUCCGAGACUGGUGAAAACGCCCAACACGUUCAGCAGUCCUGUCAAAAGCACAAACACUAAAAGAGACAUUUUCAAGACCCUAGAAAAGGCAUGUCAAGUGUGCCCAGUAAGGGAUUCUGAAAAUGCAAAUAACAUUAUUUUGACAAAGGAAAGAAAUCUGAGGUCCUCUGAAAAACUUCACAAUAGGAUGAAAACACCUGGAAAAAGUGACACUGAUAGUCAACUGGAAACGCCUCUGCCACAAUCCACACUGCCCCUAGACCACUACACCUCACCUAAACUGAACUCUGGAACUCAAACCAGGACCCCCAGUCCUACUUGCCAAAUGAUUACUCGUUCUGGACGAACUCCAGGCAAAAGUUCAAACAUUGCAUCCCCAUGUAAGCCAGUAUUUACACCAGUAAGAGGUACCGCUGUUUCAAACGGAUCAGAUACUUCAGUAAAGUCUCCAACAAAGUCCCUGACAAGAACGAGGUCUGGUGAAGGUGCUAGAACCAGAUCCCAGUCUAGUGAAAAUGUUGCCUCCAAACUGAACACAGAAUCUGCUGACAACUGUGACCUUGUGGAAAGGAACAUGCAGUCAAAUACAGGGGUAUCGGCUGAACGUGCACAAACAUCUGAAACGGACUCUAGUUCACAUACAGAUUCACAGCAACUUGACACGUCACAAUUAAACUCUGAAUCCACAGAAGAUGAUAGUAUGGACAUUGUAGAUGCAGCAGUCGUAAAGACCCAGUUUAGUGGAGGUCUCAAGAUGAACAUUAGCUUUUCACGGAAGCAUUCAAAGUCCAGUGAAGACUUUUUGUCCGUUGCAGUGUCUCCUAAACCAUGUGUGCCACCCCAAGGCACACCUGCUAGGAGCUACGGCUUCCGGCAGACCCCGGACCGCCAACAGAGGGAGGCUGCUGCUCGUUUGGGGUACGGAAAUGAUUCCCCCCGAUUCUCAACCCCUAGGGGCCCAGCAAGACCCAGUCGAGAAAAGGGCAUGGGUACUCCGAACCCUCUGACCUACCAAGUAGAAAUGGAAAUGCAAACAUCAGGACUUCCCAAGCUCAAAAUCAAACGCACAGAUUCCAUGAAUGCGGUUGAUUUGACCUCAGGAGCUCAGAGCCCUUUGGUUGUUGUGAAACCUUCUCAGCUGGAAAGCCCCUUGGUUUUGUUCUCUAAGCACCGAGAUCCUGGAUGUGUCUCACCAUCUGUCUGUACUCAUGUCACCCCGGCUAAGAGCACACCUAGAAAAGGUGGAAGCGUCCAAACUUACAUCUGCCAAUCCUACACGCCUACACGCCAUCGUACAGGAACAGUGUCUCCGGUGGCAACUGCAGACAUCAUUCCCCUGACUCCUUCACCUCAAAGUGUAGGUAAGGCGACCCCGGACAACCUCAACAACUGGCCUCGCAGGAAGAGGGCUCAGAUCGAAGUGGUUGGAGGCAGGGAUCGUGGCCUGAAGGGGGAGCCUUUACUGGUGGAGUUGCUGGAGGAAGCUGAGCUUGGAGUUAGCAGAUUGCAGGACGCUGAGGACAUUGACGAACCCUCAAACAACAAAGCUGCAAUAUUAACUUUGACUUCCAAACGGUCACCCUCAUAUGGAGCAGAUGCAUCUCCUCUUUCUCCAAUGGAAGACUUGUACUGGAUAGAGAAGCUGGCUCAGCAGAACGACUGUGCCGAUCCCCAGAGAGCAGAAGAAGAAAUCAUCUGGGCCGCUGCAAACGGAGAUGGGGAGUCAUUAGCUACUCCUCCCAGCUCAAAGGUGAGGAAGCCGGUGACGGCGAGUGGGAUUCUGGCCCUCACUCACUCUCCAUUGUUGUUCAAGGGCAAAACGGGCUCUGCUAGUAAGAGAAAGACACAUUUUAAAGAUGAGGCUGCAUCGGGGAGGAGGAUAGAAGUUGAUGCAGUGGACCUCUCUCCCUUCAGCCAGCCGAUCACACGCUCAAACACGGAGAAGACUUAUAGCAGGAAGAGACUGCUUCACUGAACCACAAAUCCGCCUGCAAAAAGCAAACAGAUGGUCCGUUCUGUGCGUUACUGUGAAGUUGCGAGCAUUUUUUAGCCAUAUUUUGUCAGGAGUGCUUUUUAUGGCAGAUCUGAAAGAUGCCUUUCAAGCACCACUUGAUGAAUGAAUGUCCCUUUCAGUCGCCUCCACCAACACUGUUGACCAUCACAUUUCUGUUGUAACGUGCGGCUUUUGUUUUAAUCAGGACAUUUUAAGAUUAAUAGGUAGGUUUAGCAUGGAGUUGAAAAGCUAUGCAGUUCUACUGUGAUGUUUAAAAUUGUUUGUAUUAAUGACUUUAUCAUUCAAAGUGUGCCAUGUUUUCUUCAUGGGUUCUUUGAAACGGUGACUUUAUAUGUCAUUGUUUUUAAAAAUUGUGAUCAGCCAUUUUACAAUCAAGUCUAAAGCCUACAUUUGUUGAUAUAAAUACUAUUCAUGUUUAUUUAUUAGUUUGUUUGUUCUUGUCAUAACUUGCUUUUACACCGAAAGGAAGGCCUAAUGAUUGCAUCAUAUUGUAAAUAGCUCAUGUUUCCAAAGUUUAUGUAAAUAAAUAUCAGUUUUCAGAAUGAA